CUGACUGCGCUGCCCCAACCACUUUGUUUUUGACUGCGGCGCACCUUUCAUCAGCCUCGAGCGAUAUAAAGCGGACGAUCAGAUCAUCAGCUACGAAUCACCUUAGAUCCUACUAGUCUUUUAACAAUUUUACACCUGCUCCCGUCAAGUUCUGGACUCGGCUCUCGGGAGUCCGCACCAAAGAUCUCUCCACGACAGUGGACGACCCGUCGCUGAAGCCCUCCCACCUAUUCAAGUCCCCACCAUCUGGCCAUCGUACUGUCACUAUGCGAGGCCUGCGAUUGCCCCUGGCUAUCGAACCCUCACUCCUAUUCAGGCACAUGCCGUCCCACUAGCACUCGAAGAAUGAGACAUGAUAGCACUUGCUGAGACAGGGAGUGGUAAAAAACUGCGGCAGAUGUCUUGUCCAUCUUGCAAGCCAUGUUGGAUCAACCACAACCACUACACUCUCUAAUCCUUGCGCCACGAGGCAACUUGCACACCGGAUUGCCGAGGCUGUUGAUGCCACUAUAUCUACCCGAAGCGUCCUUCUAAUCGGACGAACCGAAGCAUAAUUUCACAAGUGAUAGCCCUUGGGAAAAAUGCCACAUAUCUUGGAUGCAACGCCGGGGCGUUUACUGGAUCAUUCCAGAAAACACCAAAGGGUUCUCACUGCGAUCGUCGAAAAACCUAGUCAUUAAGGAGGCGGACAGGCUGCGAGAUCUAGAUUUUGGGCCGAUAUUGGACAAGAUUCUGAAAGGAUUGUACCGGGCAGAAGGACCUACUUGUUCUCUGCAACGAUGUCGGGCAAGGUUGAGGCUCUGCAGCGAGAGUGCCUGCCGAGUAGCGAUUAUGCUACAAAGGUCUGGCUUUCUCUACAACACCUCUGCAUGGUCAACUCCCACAGGAGGCGCGGUUGGAAGGGUCGAACAAGUUUCGGCGCAAAUCACGAAGCUUGCUCGUGGCCAGCAACGUGGCGUGCCGUGCGAUCGAUAUACCUUUGGUCGAUGUAAUCGCCAAAGAAAGAAGAUACGAUGCUUGCUCGUGUGUCCAACGUGCGAAGAGUAGCUGCGCUCGAAAUCGGGGGCUCCCCUAGGGGCGGAAGGGGCGCAUCACGUGGCGUGUGAGAUUUCGAGAUUACCUGAUCAGGCAAGAGGCUCUCCCGAUUCAGCUGCGAUUGAUUUUUGAUGGCUCAACAGACAUCGCUUAGCUUAGAAAUUGGGUGAUCUUAUUG